UUGCACAUUGGUAGUGAAGCAGGUUUUGUUCGUGGUGGAUUACUAUGUUUUGAAUCAAAAAAGAAUUCAUCUGAUUACCAUGACGAAAUGAAUGGUAACACAUUUAAACAAUGGUUUGAAGAAAUAUUGCCUUCUUUAGAUGCAAACUGUUAUUGUCAUGGAUAAUGCUCCUUAUCACUCUGUUAAAAUAGAAAAAUUACCAAAUAUGCAAUGGAAGAAAAAUGACAUACGUAACUGGCUUUUGGAAAAAGGAGUGACCUUUAAAGAGUGGAUGCUAAAACCAAUGCUCUUAAACUUAGUUAAGAAUGUAAAACAUUUAUAUAAUAAAUAUAUCAUUGACGAAAUAGACAAAAAAGAUAACAAAAUAAUUCUUCGCUUACCACCGUAUCAUUGCGAAUUAAACCCCAUUGAAAUGGCGUGGUCAGUUGUAAAGGGACAUGUAAAAACAAAUAAUACAACUUUUAAACUUCCGGAUGUAUUAAAAUUAUUUCAUGAAGGAAUACAGCGAGUAACUCCACAAUUGUGGAGUAACUUUAUCAAUCAUGUUUAAACAGACGAGCGUACAUAACAAUUAUUUGAUGGAAAUUUAUCACAAUUUGUAUUUACUGUAACAGGAGAAACAAGCUCUGAAGAAUAUUCGGAAAGUGAAGGUUAUACA